GUGAAGUGCAAGGAUCACGGUAAUUCUGUAAUUCGGCAUUUUAUCUGUCUAGAAACCUUAAAACAUCUAUACUAUUUUACAGGACCGUGGAAGAGCAGUUCAGGCGCUUGGACUCCAAGCACAGAAUGUCGCUUUGUGAUCUUACGGACGUCGAAAGGAGGAGAUGGCAUUUCUAGUGUUCUUCUUGGAAACAUCUCGAUGGACCAUGCCACGGAUUCUUUCGCCGAGCUAACCACGCUGUCUGGUGGUGGUUUGGCCGUCGCUACGAAGUCCAGCUCCUUCGGUGCUUGUCACCUGAACAUCUCGGUGUUCAAAGCAGCUGCCCUUGUCGAAGGAGCUCAGCCCACUGCACAGACCUCAAAAUUACUUCUUCGUGAUGCUUGCGAAGGAGCGCCGCUAGUGACGGGCUUUGCAGACAUUGCAGACGGUGGAUUUGAUAGUUUGGUUGUGCUUUCAGCAACCAAAAUCAACAUCUUUCCUGUCAUACGUGGUCUUCUGGGCGAGAUGAUCUCCUGGCCUCUGCCGCUCUCAAAUGAGCUGCCGACCGCUCUCCUUUCGUUGCCAGGGAACAUUCUUGUGGUUGCCUCCAUAUGGUCAAUUUGGCUUUUACAGCUCCACCUGUCCGCACCUCCCUACCCGUUGGGAGACCCACUCAGGGUUAACGAUGGCUCUGAGCUCCUGACGGAGAUUUUCUCUUGGGGCCACCAGGGAUUGAUGGUGUACAGCGACACCUACUAUUUCUUCAACUAUUCUUCGGUCAGCAAGGGCUCUCCGGAAGAAUGGCAGAACAUUCUGGGCACGCUGGGCGGCUACGUGCGUGUUGUCGUGGGCGUCGGAAACGGCGCUGUUGCCGUGGCUCCCAACCGAUCACACCCGGAGUACUCGGCCCUGUACUUCGUGACAAACUCCACCCCUCAUGGGGAUUGGCAGGCAGCUGUGUUGGGCAACCUCACUUCUGCGGCUGUUUCGACUGGCACCUCAAUCGUGGCUUUGUCUAACGACAUUCUGGUAGUGCCCGAUAUUGGCAACGGACCAGGCCAUUGCCUCUUUUACGACUUGUCGGCAGAUGCCAUCGGCCGGAAAGAGAAUGUGCAAGGCAAUGUGAUCACGCCGUUCUGCAUCCUUCUGGCGAACGUUUCGGGGAGUUUGCUCGGUAGCAGUGCCCAGGGGGACCUUGUUCUGGCCGGAUCUACGCCAAAGUCGGUCCGAUUGCUUCGUGCAGCUGACAUUGCGCACUGUCGGUUUUCUUCCUUCUUGGAGUUGCAAUCCACGGACGCAACGCGGGUCUACUCAGACGUGUCCCAGUUUAGCCAAGGGCCGGUCCGUGCUGUUUCCUGCUGCGGCGGUGGCCUUGCAGCCAUUCAUUCACCAAUUGCUACCAGGAAGUCCCUGCUCCCCGACCGCCUCUCGCUGUUCAAUGCUUCGGUGCUUGCAGACGGCGGAUUUUCGGCCGAAGAUCUGGAGGCCG